CCCUGGCAUGUCCCCCACAGUUCUAUAUAUGGGCCUGCCCUCUCCGGGCCGGUGGCACUGGCAUCUCAAGUGACACCGGAGAGGGAGGGAGGGUUUAUUUUUAGUCCCUGAAUGGAUCUGAGCUGGAGCCGGGCUCUCUGCCCCCGGCCAGGGCACGGCAUCAUGUUGUGCUGGGAGGGCUCUCCUGCGCGGCUCCUCGAAUGGCUCCGUCCCCGCCCGGGGCUGGGGGACAGGUAGGACGGGCUUUGUCCCCUCCCCGCGUGUCCUGCUGUCCCGCUGUGCCGCUCCUCCCUGCCCAGGGCCCCGGGCAAGGGCGGGGCUGCUGCCCUGGCUGUGCGGGAUGCCCGGGGUGCCCUGGGCUUCGGGAACGCUCGGGAACAUCAGGGAGGGGUUUUAGGUGGAUUGGGGGCAAAAUGGGUGGGAAAGGGGGGUGUGGGGUGUGAUGCUGCUGUGGGGAGAGCCCCAAACCUUCUGUGCAGCUCUGGGGAGCAUCCCAAAGCUCCUGUGCAGCUGUGGGGAGGGUCCCAAAGCUCCUGUGCAGCUGUGGGGAGCAUCCCAAAGCUCCUGUGCUGCCGUGCAGGGGAGCAGAGGCAGCGGGGACCAGAGGGGGUGGCAGUGGCCUCUCCCACUGCUGGCUGGGUUGUGGUCAGCAAGGCCAUCCCCGCUCUGCUGAAGUUGCCAGGGGCUUGGGCUGGAAUUGGGUGAGGGUGAGCAGAUGGAAGGGAGGAGCUGGGAGGAAGGCUUGGGGGCACACAGCUGCCCUCCGUGUGCCCACGGCGGUGCCACCCCCUCGUGCCUGACGUGUCGCCGCUCCCCUGCCGCAGGCAUGGAUAACUUCGAGUACAGCAUCCAGCUGAACGACCGCGAAUGGGCCGAGUUCUUCCAGGCUUCCGAGGAGUGCAGCCUGGCGCCGCCAUCGCUGGCCACGGCCGAGGAGCAGUGCCUCAGUGACAUUGAGCAAGGGGACGCCUCGGGACGCGACUGUCCCCUCAGCACCGACGGGGUGACCGCAGCCAGGCCGGGCAGCGAGCCAGCACUGCCUGGCACGGCCAGCGCUGCCCCACGUGGUGACAGCGCCGGUGGCACCGCCCCGCGCCGGCCGGAGCGCGGGCACCUCUGCGUGCCGGAGCUGCUGUCGGGCAGCGAGGACGAAGCGGAGCUGGGCUCUGUGGGCAGGUUCCUGUGCCACAGCGACAAGCCCAGCUGCCCGGCACCCGCUGCCAUGCCCAGCGCCCAGAGGAGGCAGCCACCACGGCCACCCGGGGCCGCCCCGGCUGGUGGCACGGCGCAGGGUGGCCCCGGGCAGGACACGGCGGUGGCAGCGGCCGGAGGCAGCCAGGCCAUGGAGCUCUCCGGACCCCCCGAGCAGGGCGGGGACGCAGGAGGGGGACAAGCCCUGCUGGCACAGCCAGAAGCUCCAGCAGCCUCUGUCUCCGCGGAGGGACCGGCCGAGAAAAGCGCUGUCCCCUCGGAGCCCGGGCUGCGGGGACCCGCGGGGGACCCCCCGAGCCCUUCUCUGGGGACGGUGCCCAGGGUGGCAGCGCAGGAGGAGAAGGCGGGCGCGGAGCCGAGCUCGCCGGGCGCAUCCCCCAGCGUGGUGAGGCCCAAGGUGCCGGCACAGCCGAGGAAGAGCCGCAAGCAGCGCGGAGCCGGCGGCACCGAGGGGGACAGGGACCCCCUGACAGCGGCACCGGGCGCCACCGCGGCCGGGAAGGCACCGCCGGGCUCCCCGGUGUCCCCGCGGAAGGGCAGAGCGAAGGACAAGGCGGCCAAGGGAGGGCUGGUGCGGCUGGGCAGCGAGGAGGCUGCGGAGAACAAGCGGGCACUGCCCGGCGCUGGCGUGGAUGGCGGCGAUGCCGGGACUGCUCCCCCCAAGCCCCGGGGCAAGGAGCCGGGGCCGCAGUCCCCGGGCAAGACAAAGGCCACCAAGGGCCCCAAGGCAGGGCAGGCCGGUGGCUUGGGCGUACGUGACAGUGUCCCAGCGGUCCCUGGCCACGGAGCCGCGGCUCCUCCAGGAGAGGAGAGCCAGGGGGUGCUGAGGAAUCCUCUCCAGCCCGGGAGCACGGCAGCGUUUGGAGGGAAUGCUGCUGAGGGGGCUGGGGGAGAGCCUGCUGCUGAGACCCCUGGACUGCCCAGGGCUGUGAGCCCCCUGUGCUUUGCUGAUGGGGCCUCUGGCAAGGCCAACUCCCUGGAUGUGACCUGGCCCGAGAUGUACGAGUACCUGUUUUGCGAUUCCCAGGAGGAGGAGGAGCUGGGCAGCUCCCUGGAGGGGCGGAAGUCGCCCUUGCAGAGGGAAAUCUCCUGGCCCGAACUGUAUGAGUACUUCUUCACCGAGCCAGAAGGAAGCAGGAAAAAAGGCAAAGCUAAAGACAGGAAAAGAAAGAAGUUCAGAGGCUUGGACCACCCUGGGCUGCACAAGGAGGCUCCCAGCUCUGCUCCAGACAAGGACACCGUGGUUAUCUCAGUCCCUGAGGCGUAUGAACACUUCUUCCCAGAGCCAGCCCCCAACAGGAUGGGCUGGAGAGGGAUUUUCUCCCUGGCUCCGGCCUCAGAGGUGAAGAAAGCUGUGGGGGCUCUGAGGUCCCUGCUGCAGAGGCAGGGGCAGCUGGGGGGAGGCCAAGCCCCAACCUCCCAGGCCCUGGUGCCCAGAAGAUCCGGAGAGGAGCUCGCCCUGGUCCCGCUGGGAGGAGCCCAGGUGUGGCCAGAAGAUGAGGACAGGGCCCUGGCACUGAGAGGAGCAGCAGAGGAGCCGCGGGUGCUGAGCCACAAGGACAUGUGCCUGGUCUUCUGUGCCUUCGCCUCCUGGGCUGUGAAGACAUCUGACCUGCAGGCUCCGGAUGCCUGGAAGACCAUGUUCCUGGCAAGCUUUGGCACCCUCUCGGCCAUCCGCUACUUCCGAAGGCAGGUCAGGGAAGGGCACCCCCGGACUUAACCCCUGCCGCGCUGGAGCCGCUGCCCGGGGCCGGGACUUUGUUCUGGACAGUGGGAGAAGCCUGGAGGCAGCCCCAAGAGCUUCCCCGGCCCCAUCCGCGACGGGACAGGAUGGCACAGGGAGCGGGAGCCUCCCGGCGGCGGGAACUGACGGUAGGACAGGACAGGACAGGACAGGACAGAGGCUGACAGUGCCAGCGGGUCCCUCCUCCCCGCUGGAGUCACCUGGUGGCACAGGAAAGCACGGAGGAAGCAGGGAAGUGCUUCAUCCCGACAAAAGAGCCGGGAUAUCUCUGAAGGAGCUUUGGGAAGAGCCUGGGCUGGGCAGCAGCCCCCGGGGGAUGCAGGGCUCGCUGCCAAGCGCUCCCAUGACCGCUCCGAUCGCUCCAGGAGGAUCAAAUCCUCUCGGGUUUCACUCCAAGACGUCCCAGCUCGGGGAUGAGGUUUCUGCCGCACGUGGCUGCCGCAGCCCCGGCUGGGUCUGUCCCUGGGGACAGCUGCGGCAGGGACACGUCCCCAUCCCGCAGCAGAGGACGGGCAGGGGUCACCCGGGGGAAGGGACAGCCGGGGAGGGCAGCAGGGACAGGGGCUGAGCGCAGGGAGGUGUCAGGAGAAGGGACAGGAGGAUGUUGGAGGGGAGGGAGAAGGGAGGGCAGGUUUGGCUGUGCCAAGCAGCAGGGAAAGGCUCUGGAUAUUUGAUUUAUUUCCUUUUGUGCCUCCCGUCCUAGAGAGGCAAAGCUGGCUGGGGGAGAUGUGGGGUGAGGGGAGCGUGGGUGGAAGCUGUGGAAUGGAAAAUGAAAUGGUUCAGUUCCCCCUCUCCCCAGUGCCUCCCUCAGCACCCCAGGGCAUUAUUGAGGAGGAAUUUCCUCCCCUCACCAGCCUGGUGACAGCACCAGCGAGGGACUGAGCUCCACGGGGGCUCUGCCCUGUGUUUGUGAGCUGACAGCAGGGAGGGGAGGACUCUUUCCUUGUGCUGAAGGCUUUGAGGGCUGCAGGGGUGGGCUGGAGGCCGUGGGUGACUGCUGAGAGGAGGGCACAGCGAGAUCUGGGACAGGGGGUUAGGGCUGGACAGGCUCUGCAUGGCCUGGAGCAGCUCAACACCCACUGGGAGGGCUUCUGUGGAGGAGGAGAGCAGAUGGAACGUGCUGGAAGCUUCUAAUAAAGUUCUAUCUCAUUUACUACUUCUGUGUCCAUCGCUCUGUCUGUGGGGAGCCCUUAAGGGAGCCCUGGGCUUUGCAGGAGGAUAAAUCAAAGUGUGUGCAGAGCCAGAGGGGUUUGGAGCCCUGGGCACAUGGGGCAGUGUCCCCUGUGUCCCUGUUCCUGCCCCUCUGAGGCAGGCCUGGCUGCCAGGUGGCACCAGCAGGGUCAUCCCUGGCUCAGGAGCUCUGGGCUCCCCUGAACAGAUCAGGGGCAGCAGGCACUGCCUCCAUCCCCUCCCUGCUCCCCAUCCCUCUGCAUCCAGCAAUUCCCAGAGCUGCUGGGCUGGAAGCCACUGGGUGUAGCCCUGGCCCAAGUGAUUGAUGGCUGUCCCAGGGAUUGAGGGUUCACUGAUCCUGGCGGGUUUCUGGCCAAAACCCUUCAUUGAGGACACUUGUGGUGCACGGCCUGCUGCAGGGACAGGAAGGGGACAGGGCUAUCUGCUGGGGUCUGGGGGCUGCUGGAUCUGUCCCAGGCCAGCCCCUGGCUCUGGGGACCUGCCCUGCUCCAGAGGGGAGGCCCUUGGGGUGGGGACAGUGACUCCUGGCUGUCCCUGAGCUUCUCCAGCAGGGAGCCCCCGAAUUUUGCCCCUCCAAAGGGGGAAUGUCCCACUGUCUCCAUGCCCCUACCCCAGGGCUGUUCCCAGGAGUGCUCCGAGGGUGACAGGAGGUGCCUGUCACCCUUUGCUGUCUGUGAUAUUUGCUGUGUGACCCUUCAGAGCUGGGCCCAGGAGAUGCCAGCAGGACUUGGCAGCCAGAGAGGUGCCAGCAGGUCACAGGUGCACUCCACACUCCUCUGAUCCGCCCUGGAGGGACAGGAUGUGAUGAAUAUUUCAGGAGCUGCAGGCUCUCAGCUGGCUGCAGGAGUGAAAGGAAUUACUGAAAGGUCCUUCUGGUCUCAGGGGAUCCAGGAGCCUCUGCCACGCUCCACCAGGGAGCAGAGCAGCCUGAAAUUUUAAUGCUUGGUUUAUUCUCUGACCUUUCCAGCUCUCUCCUCCGCCUCACAGCAAGGCCAGGCAUGCCUGGGAUUUUUAUCCACGGCCAAAAUGGAGAUUAAACCUCGCAAAUUCAAUAUACCCAAGGAUUUCUCCUAGACUAAAGCUGCCAGGACCGAGGGACUGAGGGGACAGCCGGGACCUCGCACCUCACCCGGCACAAUCACAGCGACCUUUGGGCAUCCUGCAUGCCCCGAGGUGCUGCCCGGCCCUGGUGCCAUCCCUCCCUGCACGUAGCUCCCUCAUCUGACACCUCGGCAGUGCCAGGCACAUGAAAAAGUCAGGCAGGUGCUGCCCGAGGAGCUGCCCCGUAUUUCAUCCCACCCGGACACCCAGGGAUGCCUCUGCCCCUUUUCCUGGGAAUGGCCUUGGCUGCAGCAGCUCCUUCCCUCUGAAUUUCUCUUCCCUCGGAAUUUUCUUUCACUCGGAUUUUUUCCCACUCGGAUUUUUCCUUCACUCUGACUUUCCCUUCACUCUCACUGCUGAAACCAGAGCAGAGCUUCCCAUGGGAAUUUCGGCGGAAUUUUCGCCACCCUCCAGAGGGGUUUUGGGGGGUUGGUGCUGUGCCAGCCCCGGCCGAGCAGAGGGAGAAGUGGCAGAAGCUCCGGUUACUCCGGUCCUUGCAUAUUUUGGUGGAUUCUCCCACCCACAGGGCACCCGGGGAGUUGCUCCUCACGGCCCGGAGCGGAUCCCGAACACCCCCGGGAAGGGAGGGGCGGGUCCUUCCCCAAGUAAAGAGAAUAAAAAUUCAGGAAUUCCCCAUCAGAGCAGCAGUGAUGGGCAAAAAUGCACCUCCAUCAAAGCAGAGGAUGGCAAAGAGAGGGAGAUGAUCCCAGGGGAUGCACAUUGGGAUUGUCCAAUCUCAGAAAUCCACAGGGAAGUUUAAUAUCCGCAGGAGGGGGAUCUCCCCCUGCGAUCAUUGCAGGUACUGCUGUUGCAAGUCAAUUGAAAUAUGAUGGUGACCCUCAAAGUGUUCACUCCCAGUACAUUUGGGAUGUCCCCUAGCACAGUUUUGUUCAGAAUAAAUCGAUCUUUUGGGGCUUAUCAGAUACAAAUCCUCCCCAAACCUGAGAGAAAACAACAACAGCUUCCAGACCUGAACCCACACACUCCCGAAGGUGUUUUACAGAACUGAGCACCAGCCACAGCUAAAAAAUUAAACAGCUCUUCAACCAGCCACAUUUACAUUUAAAUACACAGAACCCACUCAGCCUUUACAUGUAAACUUUGUUGGGAACCUCCCGAAAAACCCGAAAAUACAACCGGAGAUAUUCAAGUACAAAUGGUUGUGGUUGCAUCAGAGAAGGAACCAAAGCAGAGGUUUUGUUGCUGUGUUACAUUUGCAGCCUCUGCAGGGAACAAAGGUUAAGAAUUCAGAGCCUCAGGUGAAAACAUUUGGAUUUGCUGCUGACCUCCCAAAAGGAUCUGGUGAAGAGGCUGUAAAAUACCAACCCUGAGACUCUGUUCCUUGUUUGUGUCCUGCCCUGGCUCUGGAGGGGCCCCGAGGGACAUCAGGGACACCCCAGCCCCCUGGCAGUGCUCUGGAGUUUCUCCUCGGGGGGAUUUUCUCCCCUCCUUGCCUGGACAGCCACAGGCAGCACUUGGGAUGAGCCCAGGACAGGGAGGAAAGGAGGGAUCCCCAGAUUUGGGGGGAUUUGGGGUUUCCUCUGCAGGGAAGACCUCAGGGAGCACAGCUCACCUGGCAUUUUCCUGGCAUCAGGUUUGGAGGCAGCACUGGCAGGAAGGUGGAAAGAAAACCCCACUGUGCUCAGACCUGGUUGGGGUUUUGGGGUUUUUUCCCCUCCACCUCCUGCCUGCUGCCUCUGCUCUGGCAGGAGGACAGGGCUGGGAGCUGCCAGGAUGGGCAGUGCCCUGGGCAGCCUGGCAGCCUCCAGAGCUCUGGCUGUUCCCAGGGGAUCCUCACAGGGGCCAGCUGAGGGCUCUGGUGCAAACGAGUCCAGCUAAUCCAGGCACCUUUUGGGUCCUCCCUCUGAACACCGAGUCCCCUUCACCCGAGGGAGCCUGACCCUUUUUGCUCUGGGAUUUUCUGGGGCAGAGCUGGUUUUGUGAGCAGCCUCCUGCAGCCCCACAGAGC